CGCUGUCUUCUCCAGCUGAAGCGCAUAGGUUUUGUGUUGGCAACUCUUACUUUCCUCCAGCGGUACCAGUUUGAGUUUCACAGGGAGGCAUGAGGCUGGGGCUGGCAAUCCUGUUACACCUCAUGCUGAUAAGACUCCAGCAAGCACAGGAUGACUGUGCUGCUGGAUCCUGCCACCCAGCCAUUGGGGACCUCCUCUUGGGUCGCAGCAAGCAAUUAACAGCUUCGUCAACCUGUGGAAUGAACAGGCCUCAGAAGUACUGCAUUAUAGGCUACCUAGAGGCUGAACAGAAGUGCUUUCUCUGUGAUUCCAGAUACCCAUAUAAUCCCUAUACGCAGCACAACAGUCACAUGAUUGAAAAUGUUAUUACAACUUUUGAGCCUGAUAGGAAAAAAAAGUGGUGGCAGUCUGAAAAUGGCAUUGACCAUGUCAGCAUUAGGUUGGACCUAGAAACUUUAUUCCAGUUCAGCCAUCUUAUCCUGACUUUUAAGACAUUUCGGCCUGCAGCAAUGCUGGUUGAGCGCUCCACCGACUUUGGUCAGACCUGGAAAGCAUUUAGAUAUUUUGCACAGGACUGUGCAGCCUCUUUUCCCAACAUCUCUUCUCAUCCAGCAAAAGGUGUGGGAGAUGUCAUUUGUGAUUCAAGAUAUUCAGACAUCGAGCCCUCCACUGAAGGCGAGGUUGUUUUAAAAGCUUUGGAUCCCAGCUUUGAAAUAGAAAAUCCAUACGUGCCAUAUAUCCAAGAGCUCAUUACAUUGACAAACUUAAGGAUCAAUUUUACUAAACUCCACACCCUUGGGGAUGCUCUGCUUGGAAGAAGGCACAGUGAUCCCCUUGAGAAGUACUACUACGCUGUCUAUGAGAUGGUUGUGCGGGGCAGCUGCUUUUGCAAUGGCCACGCCAGUCAGUGUGAUCCAGUACAGAAUCUGCGGGGAGAUGUGUUCCAUCAGUCUGGCAUGGUCCACGGGAGAUGUAUCUGCCACCAUAACACUGAGGGUUUGUCUUGUGAAAGAUGUAAAGAUUUCUACAAUGAUGCUCCCUGGAGGCCAGCUGAAGGGACACAACAUAAUGCUUGCAAACGGUGUAACUGCAAUGGCCAUUCUGUCAGAUGCCACUUUGACAUGGCCGUGUACCAGGCCAGUGGUGGUGUCAGCGGUGGUGUUUGUGAGGACUGCCAGGACAACACCACGGGGCAACACUGUGACCAGUGCAAACGUUUCUUUUACCAGGAUCCACUCAAAGUCAUCUCAGACCCUCAGGCGUGCCUCCCCUGCAACUGUGACCCAGAAGGUACGUUGCACAAUGGCAUGUGCGAGAGCCGCACAGAUCCUGCUCUGGGAAUGGUCGCGGGCCGGUGCCCUUGCAAGGAGAACGUGGAGGGUGUCCGCUGUGACAAGUGCAGGGCAAACUACUACGGGCUGAGUGGCAGUGACCCUCUGGGCUGCCAGCCCUGCAACUGUGAUCCCUCCGGCAGUUUGCCCUUCUCCGUCUGUGAUCCUGCUACGGGAGAGUGCCUCUGCCAGCGGUUCGCCACAGGGCGACGCUGUGAAAAAUGCAUCGUAGGAUACUGGGGUCUUGGCAGCAGCUUGUAUGGCUGUUCUCCAUGUGACUGUGAUAUUGGUGGAUCCCACAAUAACUUGUGCUCACUGAAGGAUGGGCAGUGCAAGUGUCUUCCCAACAUCGUGAGCCGCCAGUGUAAUGAGCCAGCCCUAGGCUACUUCUUUUUACCCCUGGAUUAUUAUAUUUAUGAAGCUGAGUAUGCAAAGCCCCUUUCUGGCUCUGCACCCUUGGGUGUGAUGCAGUUUGGACAGGACUCGGCUGUGGCGGUGGUUUUCAGGCAGCCCAGCACUGGUCGGUCUGUCACAUGGACGGGACCCGGCUUUGCCCGUGUUCCUAGUGGAGCUGGGCUGAGAUUUGCUAUCAACAACAUUCCCUUUGCUAUGGACUUUGAUAUCACGAUUCGUUAUGAGCCUGAGUCCUUGGAAGACUGGCUGGCAAGUGUUGCUGUCCAGCCCAGUGGUAUUUUGUCAAGUCAACGCUGCAAAAACAAGGGCCUUUCACAGGAGCCACAUGCGUUGCCUCUCCCAGCUACAAAGAGGAUUGCACUUCUGCAAACUCCAGCCUGCCUGGAGCCGGGAACAGAAUAUUCUGUGGAUGUGUAUUUUUCUCAGCCCUCUGCCUCUGAUCCAAAGGUGAAAUCGUUCAUCUUGAUUGACUCACUUGGACUUAUUCCCAGAAUCGGCUCUGUGGAGAACUUAUGCAGUGAAAAGGAUUUAGAUGAGUACCAGAAGUAUCACUGUAUUGAAAUUGCAUCAGAAGUUGGACCUCACGUCCUGCCCGAAGCAUGCACACGACUCAUAGUGAGCAUGUCAGCCCGUAUUCACAACGGUGCCGUGGCGUGUAAGUGCAAUCCCCAAGGGUCACUGAAUGCCAGCUGCAGUAAACUGGGGGGUCAGUGUCAGUGCAAAGCCAAUGUCGUGGGACGCUGCUGUGACACCUGCUCUGCGGGCAGCUACGGCUUUGGCUUCCAUGGCUGCUACGCAUGCGAGUGUCACCCGCAAGGUUCGCUGAGCACGCUGUGUGACCAGGUGACGGGGCAGUGCUCCUGUCGCCGGGAGGUGGAUGGUCAGCGCUGCAGCCGGUGUCUGGCUGGGUAUUUUGGAUUUCCCCACUGCCGUCCUUGCCCAUGUAAUGGCUAUGCGGAGCUUUGCGACCCAGUGACCGGAGCGUGCCUGAACUGCCGCAAAUUCACGGCUGGAAGCCACUGUGAAAGGUGCAUGGACGGCUAUUAUGGAAACCCUCUGAACGGAGAACCCUGCCGCCCAUGCAUGUGCCCAGGGGCACCUACAAGCAAUAGAUAUUUUGCACGUUCCUGUUACCAGGACCCCCACUCUGCACAACUAGUCUGCAAUUGUCUUGAGGGAUAUUCAGGCAAUCAGUGUGACGAGUGUCCUAGUGGGUUCUACAAAAACCCAGGCAGCCCCAGGCUUGACUGUGUGCCAUGUCCCUGCAAUAACAACAUUGAUGUGACAGACCCAGAGUCCUGUAACAGGGUCACCGGGGAAUGCACCAAGUGUUUACACAACACCCAUGGAGCAAACUGCCAGUUCUGCAAACCAGGGUAUUUUGGCUCAGCCCUCGAUCAAAACUGUCAGAGGUGCACAUGCAAUCUGGCGGGUGUUCGCCCUGCCAUGUGCCCAGGGGGGGAUGCAGUAUGUCUGUGUGACCCAGCCACGGGAGCUUGCCCUUGCCUGCCCAACGUGGUGGGUGCGACAUGCGACCAGUGUGCCCCUGGCUACUGGGACCUGGCUAGUGGAAAAGGAUGUCAGAUCUGUGACUGUGAUCCAAAAAACUCCCAAAGCAAUCAGUGCAACCAGCUUACAGGCCAGUGUCCAUGUAAGAUAGGUUACAGCGGAAGACGUUGCGAUGAAUGUGAGGAGAAUUACUUUGGCAAUCCCCAGACGCGUUGCAUUUUGUGCGAGUGUAACCCGGAGGGAACCAGCCAGUCCAAGUGUGACAAAGCCACUGGCGCGUGUAACUGCCGUGCUGGCGUCACUGGCCGGUUCUGUGACCAGUGUGGCCGCGGCUUUGAGAAAAACUUUCCCUCUUGCCAUCAGUGUCAUCUUUGUUUUGACCAGUGGGACACUGAAAUUGCUGCCCUCGCUCAGACUGUCCAGGGGUUAAUGAGGUUUGCUGCAAAUCUCGAAGAUAAAGGAGGACGAAUGCCCAUCUGUGACAUGCGCUUCAAAGCCUUUGAAGAUGCCAUUUCUGAAAUUGAAAGAAUUUUGAGACAUCCUGUUCUUUCACUGGAGGCCCUCUCAGGCAUCAAGGAUUUUCAGGGCUACAUUCUACAAAAAGUUGUACAAAUGGAUCCCCUUCACAGUAUGCUGUAUGAGUUUCCUGACCUUAACAAGAACAUAGAAGACAUCGGAGAAGAAGCUGAUCUAGUGUAUGGACUUCUACAACAGAAAAUACAUCUGCAUCAAAGUUUUCAUUACUUGAACCUCAAAGAGGCCAUCAGCAACAUUAGGAAACACUUUGAAGUAUCAUUGCUGGCAGAACAGAAGACCAGUGGGACAACUCCUAUUGUAAGACACUCAGAGUACACCAGGAAUCACGCGCUCGCUAUGUUGGGCCAUCAGACCUUGAAAGCAAACAAUGUCCUGGAACAGCUCAGGAAGAUCAAGAGCUCCAACAUCCAAAACUUGAAUGAAAAGAUCUGUGGUGUUCCAGGAGACCAGCCCUGUGUCACAGCAGCCUGUGGGGGAGCUUUGUGCCGGGACAGUCAGGGAGUCAGGCAGUGUGGUGGCCCAAACUGCAGUGGAGCUUUUCCUCUCUCCACUGAUGCCUUCAGGAAAGCUGAGGAGACUGCUGUGUUGCUAAAUAACUUGACUACUCUGCUACGGGAACCUGAGACUCAGGUUGAAAGCAUUAGAAAAAUGGCAGAAGACACCAAGUUGAAAGGCUCACAAUUUAAUGGACAACUGGAGAGGGCUAAGAAUCAAAUUGAAGUUGAUGGAGAGAUCGCCAAGAAAUUCAUCGGAAAAGUGAAAGACUUCUUGUUAGAUGAGAGUGCACCUCCAGAAGACAUUGAGAAGGUGGCGAAUUAUGUUUUGCAAAUAAACCUUCCCCUGACUCCACAAGAGCUCACGGACAUGCUUGGCAAAAUCCGUCGCGUUAUGAACCACUGUGAGAAGUACAAACUGAAUGCAAAUAAGAGAAAUGGAAAAAGGGAAGAAGCUCAAACACUGCUGCUGGAGGCACAAGAAGCCAACAAAGCAGCUAAAGCUCUUCCGCCUGUGGAUGAAAUUAAUAAUAAACUAAAAAAUGUUGUGAAGUCCCAAGGAGACUCCAAAAACACCUUCAUAAAGUUAAAUGAAGAAAUACGAGGCAUCAGAACACGAAUCUCACAGGCUGAGAACCAAGUGAACAAGACAAAUGACAAACUAAAUGACUUGUCAGCGAAACAGUCUGAGAUGGAAGAUGAAAUCACCACAUUGCAGGCAAAAAUGCUGAUGAACAAGAAUCAAGCUACAAAGGCAAGAGCAGGGGCACAAGCAGCACACAAACAAGCCCAGAAUAUUGAUAAAGAAUUUGCUGACGUUAAAAGAAAGUACAUCAUUCUUCAAGAAAAGCUAAAAGUCCAAGGACCUCCAAAAGUAACACUAGAAAAAGUGAAGCAGCUGAAAGAAGAAGCAGAGAAACUGGCUGAAGAGACUGAAAAAAAAAUUAAAAGAUUAACAGAUUUGGAGAAGAAGCUUCAGGACCUGAAUCAAACCAAAGAAGACAAGGCAGAGCAACUGAGACAACUAGAGGAACAAGUGAUAGCCAUUAAAAAUGAAAUCACGGAGCAGGAAAGCAAGUAUGCAACAUGCAAAAGUUAGGAUCUGAACAGACCAUCCGGUAAAAUGCAACUAAGUCUGUGCUUACCACCUCCUGAGCUUCCCAGCAAGGAGGGCUGUCCUCUGUAAAUACAUCUGAAGGUGCCUAUAGUAUUUUGGCACGGUGAAUAAUGUAAUUUUCUCUUGGUUUUUUGUCCAGUUCAGUUUAUAUAGAAAUAGGAAAUACCUUUUAAUAAACCAGCUGAUGAAGUAAUCAGGGUGUAGUCUUUAGGCAGCUCUAUAAUACACUCCAGUGCACAGCGUAUGGCUUCUCUAUGUAGGGGCUGGAAACGCAAGAGGAGGACUGCUCAGAGAGCUGCAGGUAACUGCCUCGAAGAUGGGCUCCCAGCACCCUGUGUCUUCUGCUGAACCCUUCAGUAACCUGUGGCUGUGCCUCGACCCCACAUGGGGCUGCACAAACCGGGA